CAAGCAGAUGGUGAAGCAGCUGCAUGCUCUCACUCUCACUUGCUGGCGGUGUGUUUGGGGAUCCUGUGUUUCCUCUUGGUGGCGAGCAUCAGUGCCAUCGUCUACUUCAGUGUGUUGAUGACAAAGCAGAAAUCAAACCUCAGCGUCCUCACAGCAGAAAAUGAGCAGCUGAUAACGGAGAGAAACCUCUUAGAGCGAGAGACGGAGCAGCUGAGCAGAGUCACUGACAACCUGAACUGGACGCUGUCAAUAAUCCUGAGGUUUGACACCUUCCGCGUUUACGAAUACUGCCCAGAUAAAGAGUGUCAGCCGUGCCUGAAAGACUGGAUUCAGUUUGAGGAGAAGUGCUACCUGUUUUACAAUGAAGAUUCUCCUUGGAUGACAGCGCCAGAGAGCCAAACGCAUUGCAGAAACAAAGCUGCAGAUCUGGUUGUUAUCGAUAGUCUGCAUGAACAGGAAUUCAUCAGUAAUCACACAAAGUAUUACUACGAUAAGUUUCAUGGAUACUGGCUCGGGUUGAAUACAACUAAUAACAAAGACUGGGGUUGGAUUGAUGGACGUAAUGACACUCUAGGGUAA